GACAAAGCGUGGCAGUACCAUAAUCAUCCAAAUAAGGAUCAGUUAUUUCAGUCUCCUUCCUCAUAGUCAUGGCAAACUACUGAAACAUUUGCUUAGGAACCGAGCCAUGGCAUUAACAUCGUUCGGUUCUGCUAUCACCAACACUUUGUUUCUCACGCAUCUCCCAACAUCACCUCCCUAUCUCACCCACAAUCAUCGUACAAAUUUUAUGUUCACUACCUCAACUCUCAGCUAUGGUCACACUCUCUUCUAUUCUCACCAAACAUCUUCUGUUGCCACUAUUGUUUGUUCUGCUUCCAAUAAAUCAUCUAAUUCUCCUCAAAUUAGCUCUACAGCCAGGAUAAGGAGCGAGGUUCUAUCACCCUUCCGGGCUGUUAGAAUGUUCUUUUACACCGCUUUUAUCACAAGUGCUUCUCUUGGAACACUCAUAGCAAUCACACAACUAAUCGGCGCGUUGUCUAAUCCAGCAAGAGCACUUGAAGUUCCUGAGAUUCUCAAAGGCCUUGGAAUCGACAUUGGAGCAGUAUCUUUGUUCGCUUUCUUGUACUUAAGAGAUAACAAAGCGAAGAAUGCGCAAGAGGCUCGGCUUUCUCGGGAGGAGUUUCUGUCGAAUCUUAAACUUCGUGUGAACGAGAAGAGGAUCAUUCCUGUUAACUCAUUGAGAGGAAUUGCUCGGCUUGUGAUAUGUGUUGGACCAGCUUCCUUUAUAACUGAGUCUUUUAAGCGCAGUGAACCUUUCACCGAAAACCUUUUGGAUAGAGGAGUGCUUGUUGUUCCAUUUGUAACGGAUGGAAAUUCGCCUGUUUUGGAGUUUCAAGGAGCUGAGGAGACCGAGGAAGGGAAGCAACUUGCUGCCAGAAGGAAGAGACUGUGGCAGCUUACUCCAGCUAUCGUUCCGGAGUGGUCCGAGUGGCUAGAUGAACAGAAGAAGAUGGCAGGUGUUUCCUCUGAUUCUCCAGUGUAUCUAUCUCUACGCUUGGACGGUCGAGUUCGCGGCAGUGGCGUUGGCUAUCCUCCUUGGAAUGCUUUGGUUGCACAACUACCACCAGUAAAGGGAAUCUGGACUGGCCUACUAGAUGGCAUGGAUGGUAGAGUUUAGAACAAGUGAAUCUCUAGGUUUAUUUCUUUUCUUUUUCCUCAGAUUUUGUUUCCCUAUUGUAUAGUGGAUAUACUCUACCAAACUUUUAUAAUUUGGUCUCUACAUGGUUUUUCGCCUUAGUCUUCUUAUGAA